CAAAGCCAAGCACAAAGCCGAAAAACUGUUGAAAAAGAACAUCAAGGAGUCUAACGGUUUUUUGGAUGAAGAGAUGCUGAGGGAGCGCGAGCAUUAUUUCCAGCUAUUGGGUGAUAGCCAUCAGCACGAGCAUAAACACAUCAAGGAGGACGUUCUCGCAAAUGCUGUUGCUGGUGGAGCAGCUGCUUCGUCCCCUGAAGUUGCUGCUCACGAUCAUCCUGAAAGAAUGCGGAAGGUCCGGACCAGUGUGAAAGUACCACCUGAGGAUUACACCGAGGAUGAUCAUGGUUCUGAUGAUGGUG